GUGGUGGCGGCUGUGGGACCAACGACAACACCAGACACACCUCAGAAUGAUGCUAAUAGUCCAACUGCAACUUCACAAAAAACUUCUUUGGCAGCAAAGAAUAACUCUUAUUCCAAUUAUUUAUU